ACCUCCGGUCGGCGCCGCCGCGGGCCCCGCGCUCCGCCCGCCCCGCCCGCCGGGCCCCGCAGCCGGGCCCAUGGCGCUGGAGCCGGCGCAGGAUGACGGCCCCGCCGCCGCCCCCGCCCCGCCGCGCCUCUGCGAGCCCGGCCCCGGCGGCAGGUAGGUGGGCCCGCGGGAGCACUCUCUCCGUCCCGGAGAGCCCCAGCGAGGCGGCGCCGGCCGAUUCCGGCGGAGAGGCGGAGCCCGCCGCCCCCCCCGGCCCGGCCCCGGCGCUGCCCGGCGCUGAGGGGGAGCGCGGGCCCGGCGGCGAGGAGGAGGCCGCCGGUCAGAGCGACGGGGCGGCGGAGGAGCCCGAGGCUGAGGCAGCCCCCGCCAGGCUGUCGCAGAACAUCGCGGUGCAGACCGACUUCAAGACAGUCGAGACAAACGUGAACACAGACCAGGACAUUGAGAAGAACUUGGACAAGAUGAUGUCUGAGAGAGCUCUGUUGAAGGAGCGUUACCAGGAGGUGCUGGACAAGCAGAGGCAGGUGGAGAACCAGCUGCAGGUGCAGCUGAAGCAGCUCCAGCAGAGGAGGGAGGAAGAGAUGAAGAACCACCAGGAGAUCCUGAAAGCCAUCCAGGAUGUCACCAUCAAGCGGGAAGAGACGAAGAAGAAGAUGGAGAAGGAAAAGAAGGAGUUCCUGCAGAAAGAGCAGGACCUGAAAGCAGAGAUUGAGAAGCUCUGUGAGAAAGGCAGAAGGCUGCUGAAAGAGCGGGAGGAGAAGGAGAACAAGAUUGCUUCUCUGAUUGCUGAGCAGUCCGAUGAAAAGCAGCUCUGGGAGAUGGAACUUGAUAAGCUGAAGAACCAGCACAAUGAGAUCAACAGGAACAUUCUGGAGGAGACCGAACGGGCCUGGAAGGCAGAGAUCCUGUCCCUGGAGAGCCGGAAGGAGCUGCUGGUGUUGAAACUAGAAGAAGCAGAGAAGGAAGCAGAGCUGCACCUCACCUACCUCAAUUGUGCUUGCAGGUCUGCACCACCCACGCUGGAGACCAUGAGGCCAAAGCAGGAGUGGGAGAUGAGGCUGAACAGGAUACGAAUUACCAAGGAAAACGUCCGAGAUCAGUUCAACGACCACAUUCAGAUGGUGAGGAAUGGGACGAAGCUGAGCAGCCUCCCACAGAUCCCGACCCCCACGCUGCCACCUCCGCCCUCAGAAACAGAUUUCAUGCUGACGGCAUUCCAGCCCAACCCACCCCUCACCCCCAGGCUCCCGUUCCCCAUCGGGCCAGUUCCCGUUCCCAUGGUCAUGCCAAGCGCCGACCCCCGGACGCUCUCCUUCCCUCUCCUCAACCCUGCCAUCUCCAGGCCCAACCAGCCCUCCCCGCCACUCCCUGCUUCCCAGGGCAGGAGCAGCCCAGUGGUGGGAUCUCUGCUGGGCACACACAGCCCUCACAUGCCUCCUGCUGCCUCCAUCCCUCCCCCGCCCGGCCUGGGAGGGGUUAACGCGGCUCCCGAGUUCCACAGGCCGCAGCAGCCCGCGGAUAAACUGGAAAAGCUGCUGGAGAAGUUGCUGACUCGGUUUCCACAGUGCAACAAGGCCCAGCUCACCAACAUCCUGCAGCAGAUCAAGACAGCUCGGAGGACCAUGGCAGGUCUGACCAUGGAGGAGCUGAACCAGCUGGUGGCAGCCAAGCUGGCAGAGCAGCAGGAACGGGCAGCAGCUGGGGCACAGCCUCUCACUCGAAUCCGGGCCCCCAUGUUCUCUGCUCCUCUGCCUCAGAUCAGCACCCCCAUGUUCCUGCCCCCGGCCGCCUACCCCGGAGCAGCCUCCCAUGCCCCAGCUGCCUGUAAGCUGUGUCUCAUGUGCCAGAAGCUGGUGCAGCCUGGUGACCUGCACCCCAUGGCCUGCUCGCACGUGCUGCACAAGGAGUGCAUCAAAUUCUGGGCACAGACCAACACAAAUGACACUUGUCCCUUUUGCCCCAGUCUCAAAUGACGGCUCCUCGAACAAAGCGGUCCCGCCCGCGGGGUUGCUGUGAAUAGACAGGAUCAGUUCUAAGAUUUCUACAGUUCUAUAUUUAUACGACCAUGUAUACACAUGUACAUUUUUAUUAUAUACGUAAUGUGUGUAUAGAAAGUCUGUAUACAUACAAAUUCAUAAAUAAAAGUGUGUAUAUUAUGCA